CAUGUUCGACGUUAUGCCCCAAAGAGACGUCGCCUCCUACAACGCCAUGCUCUCCGGCUACGCCCUCUCCGGCGUCCCCGAAGAGCUCGGCGAGGGACGCAGGCUGUUCGACGCGAUGCCUGUUAGAGACACGAUCUCUUGGAACACCAUGGUCGGUGGGUACGUCGGGAAUAAGAUGAUGGAAGAGGCGAUGGCAUUGUUCGAGAGCAUGCCCGAUGCGAGGAGAGACGUCGUCACUUGGAACGCGGUAAUCAACGGGUUCUUCAAUGUCGGGGAUGCUGCGAGAGCGAUGGAGCUGUUCGGGAGAAUGCCGGUUAGAGAUGCGGGUUCCUUGUGCACAGUUGUUAAGGGACUGGUCAAUAGCGGGAAUUUGAAGGAAGCCGAAGAAAUCUUGAUCAGGUUCAGUGUUGGGAUCGACGGUGCCAUAGAUGCUUACAAUACGUUAAUCGCGGAGUAUGGAAAACGUAAAAUGGUUGAGGAGGCGAGGACGCUGUUCUACUUGAUACCCAGAACGUCGCCGAGGUUUAAAAAGAACCUGAUCACUUGGAAUACCAUGAUGAUGUGUUAUGUGAAGAGCGGAGAUCUCGUGUCGGCGAGGGAACUGUUCGAAGGGAUGAGUGUCAGAGAUAUCUUUUCUUGGAACACGAUGAUAAACGGGUAUGUUCAGGCAAAAGAGAUGGACGAAGCGGUUAGCCUGUUCGAGAAAUUGCACGAGCCCGAUUCUUGGUCUUGGAAUAUGAUCAUAUGCGGGUUAACUCGAAAAGGAGAGUUGAGUCGGGCACAAGAUUUUUUCGAGAGAAUGCCUUGCAAGAGUGUCGUUUCUUGGAAUGCGAUGAUCGCUGGUUAUGAAAAGAACGGGGAGUAUGAAGCUGCCAUCAUUCUCUUUUCCCGAAUGCAAAAGGUUGGGCGACGACCCGACAAGCAUACUCUCUCAUCAGUGCUCAGUGUUUGUUCUGGGCUAGCUUCCUUUCGUCUGGGUAUCCAAAUCCAUCAGCUUGUGUCAAAAAGGAUAGUGCCCGAUGUUACCAUUAGCAACGCGCUUAUCACAAUGUAUUCUCGUUGCGGUGCUGUGAUGCAUGCCAAGGAUGUGUUUGUCGAGAUUGCAGAACAGAAGAGGGAUGUUGUGUCAUGGAACGCGAUGAUCGGAGGAUUGGCUCGCCACGGGCAUGCCAGAGAAGCUCUUGAGCUCUUCAGAGUGAUGAAGAGAGUGAAGGUUAGGCCGACAUAUAUAACGUUCAUCUCGGUUUUGAAUGCCUGCGGUCACACUGGGCUGGUGGACGAGGGGAGGAGACAAUUCGAUUCAAUGGUUCAAGAAUUCGGACUUACCCCUGGAGUAGAGCAUUACGCUUUGCUCGUGGACCUCAUGGGGAGGCACGGACAGCUGGAGGAGGCGAUGAGAGUGAUUGAGGAAAUGACGGUGCCCCCUGAGAAGUCGGUGUGGGGGGCGUUGCUCAAUGCUGCCAGGGUUCAUAGCGAUGCGAGGGUGGCAAAGGUGGCUGCAGAGGCCCUGGCAAAGGUGGAGCCGGAGGGGUCGGCUGCCUAUGUGAUGUUGUAUAAUGCUCAUGCGGAUGAAAGUAGGUGGGAUGAUGCUCUGAAAGUGAUGGAUUCGAUGCAUAGGUCAGGGAUUGUAAAGCAGCCUGGUUAUAGUUGGAUUGAGAUUGAAAGUGGAGUUCAUAGAUUUUUGGCAGGUGAUAGAUCUCAUCCUUGCUCAUUUGAGAUUUAUUCUUUGUUACAGAGUUGUAGUAGCAUUUGCAGAGAGAUUUACGCUCUAACCUGAAUUUUUUUUUCCUUC